AAAGGCAUAACUGAGACAGGCUGAUAAAACGAAACAAUUAAUAUGGGCAAAAGAACACAGACAUUGGACAAAGGAAGAUUGGAAAAAAGUGUUAUUGACAGACGAAUCAUAGUUUUAGGUGUUUGGACUUUGAAUCAAAGAGAAGAACAUAUGUGAAAUGCAGAACAACUGAAAAAAUGCAGGAAGAGUGCCUGAUGUUAUCUGUCAACCAUGGUGAAGUAACGCACAAUAGCUGAAGAGGAGUACAUUCAGGAACAUUGAAACGUCACUUCUUUUAAGCCAAUCACAGCUCGAGUUUCAGCCCAACCCGGAAGCGCCGACUGUAUUUACACGAGAGCCGCGUCAGUACGAGUUGUUCAGGUUGACUCUCUGACCGAGUAACAGAGCAAAUGGCCUCAAGCGACGCUUUCAAGGUGUCUUCCCUGAAGGGAAAAGUGACUCUAAUCACAGGUGCCAGCUCCGGUAUCGGUGCAGGUACCUCUAUCUUGUUCGCCAAACUGGGAGCUGUUCUAGCUCUCAAUGGCAGAGAUUUGGAGAGUCUGAAAAAAGUGGCCAAGGAAUGCGCUGGAUGCGGUGCAGGAGUUGAGCCCUUGCUUGUGCCUGGCGACCUGACAGACGAAGACACCGUGAAGAGGACGGUGGAUGAAGUCAUUUCACGCUUCGGUCGACUUGAUGUCUUGGUGAACAGCGCUGGCAUCCUGGCCAUGGGCGGCAUCGAGACGUCAGACCUGGCGACGUACGACAGGGUCAUGAACAUCAACGUUAGAUCUGUGUACCACCUUACCCAACUCUGUGUGCCUCACCUUAUCAAGACUAAAGGCUCCAUUGUGAACGUAUCCAGUGUCAACGGACAGAGAUCGUUCCCUGGCGUCCUGGCCUAUUGUAUGUCCAAGUCUGCCAUUGACCAAUUCACCCGAUGCGUUGCUCUGGAACUGGCAUCAAAGCAAGUUCGAGUCAACUCUGUGUGUCCUGGUGUGAUUGUCACUGAAGUGCACAAGAGAGCAGGACUGGAUGAGGAGCAGUAUGCUAAGUUCUUGGAAAAGUGCAAGCAAACUCACGCACUGGGCAGACCUGGCGAAGUGGACGAAGUGGCCCACAGCAUCGCUUUCCUGGCAUCGGACGCUGCUACUUUCAUCACCGGCGUAAACCUCCCCAUCGACGGGGGCCGCCAUGCUAUGUGUCCACGAUAAAUCUUGACGGUAUAAUUCAUAGAUAAUAAAGAACAGCUAAGAUUUGUUAGUAGCUCAUUCCAAAGUCUGAAGAAUGACAUCAUGGUGCUAACUUCUCAAUGAUGAAAAAUGAUGAUGUAGCUUUAAGAAAUAAAAUUUAUUGAACAGAGUUUGGCCAGCAUGGAGUAUAUUGUGGAGUAUUCCCAUUGAGUACAGAAAAGUUGCAGCACCAGGUUGGGUACGCUUGCACAAUCUAUUGCAGUUAAAAACGGAAUUCA